CGCUGAUAUAUUUGCAUUUUGAAGAAAGAUGUGAUAUUUUUCGUGAGAUUUAUAUGAAAUACAUCGUAGAUGUAUCCGAGCAUGUAGUGAAGACUUAACUAAAGUGGGAUGUCUGAAUAUGGUGAACAUUUAGAAACACAAGGCGCAACAAUGGAUCUCUCAAAGUCAUCGACAGAAACUCAAAUCUCUGUGCAUCAAGGAGGAUAUUCACCGACCUCUUCAGAAAUGAUGUCAUCACCUCAACCUUCAUAUAAUACGCCACCAGUAAAAAAAAGAUCAAGUGGAGAAAUAGGAUCGGUUUUGAGAUGUACAAAAUGCCCAUACAGCACACGUUACUAUGGAAAUAUAUAUGUCCAUAUCAGAAAACAUACAGGUGAGAAACCAUAUUGGUGCGGAGCCUGUAUGAUGACGUUUAGUCAAGGUCCAAUGUUAAAACAGCAUAUCGCAAAAUACCAUAAUGGCGAAAAGAGCUACUACCAUGUCACAAAGAGUGAAACACGUCGGGAUAUGUCUGCUUAUUACGUACGUAUAAAAGAUGAAGAUCUACCAAAAUAUGAAGACACUUUAAAUAAACAACAUUUUCUUGACCAAGACACAUUCUCUGCAGAGAAGUCAAUGAAGCCUAGUACAUCUGUGAUGCAGUCGAAUGCUGCUAUUGCUGCAGCUAACAUGGCAAUGGCAAAAGCUGCAGCUGCAAAUUGUAAUCUGAGUAACAUGACAAUGUUCCCAAUGGCAGAUGAUCUCUUGAAAAGUGAGUCAGAUAAAACCGAGACAGCAACGAGCCAAAUUGGUAAGACCAUGCUACCGAGUAUCGGUUUGUUACCAGGGAUGAUGCCGGGGUUGUUACCGAUGUGUCUUCCGUUGACGAUCCCAAAACCAAGCCACCCGGUCACAACGCACAGUUCAAUCCACAUAAACCAGAACACCAAGACAGAGCCACCAAAGAGAGAUGAUGAGACCACGAAUGGUGAUGAAGAUGGUGACAUCGACACAACAAAAACCGACAUCAAUUACAACCCAAAUCGCACCAUGUUGAAGCCAUCACAGUACAAAGGGAAGAACACACUUUUGAAUGCUGAAAGGGAUCGUUCUAAUGGGACCCCCACAAAACCUGGAGAGGUUGACGAAGAGGCAGAAGAUCUGGUCCAAACGCUGCUUCAGCUUGCACAGUCAGAGCUGAAAGCUAGUAAAGAUAGUGUUAUUAACCAGGCUGAUGGUAAGCUACCCCAGCGUCCAAUGUCCAAUGACUACAGUCCCCCGGCUAAACGAAUCCGGUCAGAAUCUCACGAAAGGGACAGCAACACCCACCCUACUGAUUAUCCCCACACCCAACAAGGGAAUCUCAACGGUGCUUUGCCGAGCAACGGGAUCCACAAUUCUGCGUGCCACAAUCCUACCGUGGAAUGUGAGCACAGUGUAAAAUUGGAAGCUCUGAGACGUAACGUAAUGCGUCUUAUACAAACUUUGGUGCCAGAUAUGAACAUCGCUACGAUGGACAUACAAGGAGACAACAUAGACUCUCUCCUUCAAGACAUGUUAGUUAAGGGUGCUGCCCAUGGUGUCCUUUAACAUUUACAUCAUGUUACUCCAUUUAUUACAUUUUGCCAUGGUAACAACAAUAUGUUGCCAUAGUUACAUUGAAUAACAGUUCAUACUCCACCAUAAAACAAUUGGGUGCUGAAGAUCCACGUGGAGAUCUGACAAAAGGUUUGUGACAAAUAGGAGGAAAUGUGAACUCUAGUGAACUAUAAAGAGGUCCAAGAAUCCAAGAAGGAGUCAUCGAGCGAAAUAAAAGGAAUGAUUCAGUCACUGAAAGUAAAAUGUGCUUAUACAUUAUAAAUGCAUGAAAUUAUACUAUAAGCACAAACCAUAUAAUUAUAAGUAGCCCAUAUUAUAACCUAACAUAGACUAGGUAGAGUAUAGAGUUAGUGCCAUAAAUGAACAGACAUAGCUUCCAUACUUAUUACUAUAGCUAGCCAAAAUAUAUCAUUUGUAUAUAUAUGUUGUGUGGUCAGUCAUUUUAAGAGAUCUUUAUUGCCAACAGUUUUAACAACUCUCCCACUAAUAAUACUCUAAGAGCAGUAUAGCACCACAUCUGUCAAAUUAAAUGUAAGCAAAUACUUAAAGCAAUAUCGUUGAUAGGUGAAUAUUCAUUUUUGAGAUUAAUAUUUAAUUAUCAUAUAUAUCCAUUCAGAAGCGGGAUUUUAUGAUGACAUGUGGCUUAUGCUUUGAUUAAACACGAAUCAAGGAUUGAUUAACAUGUUCAAUAUCACAGUAUCAGUGUAUAUCUAAUUGCGUGGUCAAUUAUUCAAUCAUAGUUGAUAUAUGUUGAAUCGAAUGACAAAUCCUUUCUUCCACUAUCAUUGUGAUAAAAACUCAUUGUAUUCAUUGUUUGACAUUGUAAAUUUUAUACAAUUUUUAUUAUUUUUAAUGAUCUAUCAAAAAUAAUGUUGCAUAGUUGCAAUACAUGAGCAUGUCCAAAUAUUCUAAACCAGUUUUUGAUAAACAGGGAUCUCAUGCAUUUGUUUUUGGAAAUGGUCAAAUGUAGUCUAUUGUGUUGUCACAAGACAUGUGGUCACAACUCUGAUUGCCAUUUCAUAUGAAUUAUUUUUUGAAUAAUCAGUAAAGAAUUUGAGAUUCUUAUCUGUACUUAUGCUUGUGAAUGGGAUAGCCAAGAAGAAUGUUGUAUCUGAUGAUUCAAUCUUUUGAAAUUUAAACUUCAUUUACAUGUAUCUCGAUAAAAUUAAAUACAACACAGCCAAAUUUUUAAAUAAGAGGUAUGAAUGAUUUUUGUAUCUUACAGGGAAAGCUUUUAAGGAAUCUUGAGGUUUCCCUCUCUUGAGAUCAAUUGGAUUUUUUCCCUCAGGGAGAUUGUCUUCUCCUUGAGAUCAUUAAGAUGCUUCUCCAUAAGGAGAUAGCAGGAGCAGGGAUGUAUCUCCCACGAGGAAAUGUAAAUACCAGAUUUGUGGUUACCUGAAAUUAUAAAUAAAAAAACCUAAAAUGUAACUCAUAUGACAUAUAUUCUACUUGGGUAUCCUAUUCCAUAUUGCUACAUACUCCAUUGCUUAAUCCUGGCUUAAUGACUUAAUUCAACUUAAUUACUAAAUGUAAACUAUAUUUAAGAGAUAUUUGUUGAUCUUUUUCGACUAACUGCGAUUUUUUGACUGAAAUCUUUUGAUUCUAAAAUGCUUCCACAUAAUAUAUAUUUUAGAUUAACAAAUAUAAACAGAUCUUCCAGAUUUUAUAAUACAGCGUCAGGUGAAAAUGCUAGAUGUGUGUGAUCCAUUUGUUUUAUGAAUUAUAUUUCAUGUUUUUCAGUCACUUUGACCUGGCAUUUAUCCGAUUGAUUAUAAAUCAUGUUUAUAUCAAUUACAUAAACUGUUUAUAAAUUUAUGUAUGUUAUCAUAUCUUAUCCAAUAACAUGUUUU